UGUGUAAGUUCUGAUAUGACAGCAGACGCUCACGGAGCUCCAGCCAAUCAAAACACAGGAAAAGGACGAGCAGGCUUCCGGCGUCAUGAACGACAACACAACUGUAGUCUGAAAGACGUAGAGGAGAAGCUGCGACUUGCUAACGCUUUUAACGGAUGCUCAAACUACUCACUACUUUAUAUCCCAGGAGUUGGCAGUUGUACGGACAUGGUAUCUGUUAACUGAACUGUCCCUAUUUAAGCCGCUGCUAACACCAAGAGUUGGUGUGCAACCUCCCAGUGAAUGAGACAUCCCGCCAUCAGCAUGGAAACAGACACAGAAGUUAUUCCUAUCUGGCAGAAUAAGCCUCAUGGAUCCACCCGCAGUGUUGUGAGAAGAAUAGGUUCCACCCUUCCACUCAAACCACCACAAAGGGCAUGUUUUCAGGAACUACCGGGGUUGUCCCCUAUUCGGCCUAUGGAUGGACCUAUGGUUCCUACAUUGGCAGACAUAGCUUGGAUUGUCGCAGAUGAAGAAGAGACAUAUGCCAGAGUGCGGAGUGACUCCCGUCCACUGAAACAUGAGUGGCGGCCAACACCUCUCCUGGUGCUCCACAGGAACUCAUCUGUGCCCAACUUCCGCCGCGAGGGCAAAAGGAUGGAGGGGCUCAGGAAGCCUGGGGUGACGGCGCUGAACCGCACUACUGCCCUGCAGGACGAGCUCAGCAGACUUCGCGCACAGAUCGCCAAGAUUGUGUCAAGUGAUUCUGACUCCAACCCUAUGACCCCUGACCUGCUUUCUCCUGACGACACAAGUAUGAGCUUCUCCAUGGCGCCUUUCGAGACGAUGCCCUACCAGCCAGCUGCCACGGCCUCUGCUUCUUUUGUCAUCAGCGAUGUCACAGAGGAGGAAGAAGAGGAGGAGGAAGAAGAGGAGGAUGAGAAGGAUGUGGUGUCUGUGGUGUCAGAGCUUGUCCCAGACCCUCUGCCACCUGUUUCCAUGACAGCAUCAGCGACCUUUGACCUGGACAGACCCAGCAUGGAUUUCCGGGAGGCAGAGGAGGACACAGUGUCACUGUCAAAGUCCACCAGUUUUGCUGAUGUCAUGGACAUCCUGAAGGACAUGAACCGCAUGAAGAUGAGUAAAGACAGGUACAACAGAGGCUGUACGUCCCUCAGAGAGGAGGACUCUGCCUCUCUUAUAUCUGAAGCUCUGAGGAAAAAGUUUGUCCUGAAGGAAGAAGAUACUGCCUCUCUGAAACGGAAGUAGCCCGAUCAUGUGUUUAUCGUCAAUAUCCGAUCCUGCUGCUCCAUGUAAGUCAGGACAAGGAUAGCAGAUAGUCAAUUUUCUUUUUUACUUUUUUGUAUAAAUAACCUUUUGAGGGCACGUGGCAGGUUAUCGUUGGUGCUAGUUGCAGGGAGUUAUAGUUGGUUUUUUUUUCCUUUCUCAUUAUUUUUAGGCCUUUGCCUGUGGAAUAUGUACCCAUGGAUCCACAACCUUGCUCUUCAAACCCAAGGCAAUAGCUGUCUGCCAGAGUUAGAACACAAAAACACUUUGUCCCAGACAUUCAAAACCAAAUGGGAACUUCACACUGCUGGUGCAGUGUGAGGGGGGAACGGCCAAGUCUGGGUAACAAUAAUCAGUUUCAGCACUGCAUUGCAUAUUUCAUCUACUUAAGGCUUUCUAGACUGUUUCCACUGCUGUACAGACACUUUCUCCAGACUGUUUUGGUUUUAAAUGGGGUUUUUUUUGUUUGUUUGAGUUAUAGCUCAUUGUCCAUUCAAACAGUUCUAACAGACUUUUUUUUUUUGGAGUUGAAUUGAAGAAUGUCCCUUUAAAACGCCUUUUAUCCAUCCUGCUAUUAUCCUUUCUUUCAUUUUGAGUUUCACACAGAAGAGAUGCAAACAGUUUUGUUUUUCACUUAUGUAAAGAAGUCUUCUAACAUACUUGAAAAUAUUUUAAUGUGCAAAUGAAACAGAUCUACAUGCAGAGAUGUACUGUAGCUUAUCAGUGUGAGUGUGUGAGUGGAGGGGGGAUAACUUCAGAUCUGUGCUGUUUAAUAUUUGCAUUACAGUACAGUGAGUUUGCAAAUGUGCACACAGCAUCAUAUACUUAUAAACUGCUUGCUAAACUGCUCCACUUUCUCAAAGCCUGUCCUCUUGUUUGUGAUUAACAUAUAUAUUUAUAGUCACUGAACCACAGGGCACUGAUUUUGACACUGAAACUGAAAAGAGUGAGUAUAUGCUGAUAUAGUUUGAAGUUUGAGCUGUUAAAAUGGAAUGAGUACUAACUGAUGUGUGAAAUAUGCACCCAUUGUUUUUUUUGUACGUAUGUAAAAGUAUCAGAUACAAGCGUGUACAGGUUUGUUCAGACAGGAAUGCAUGUAGAUUUCAUUCCUUUAUGAUGUUUGUUAAUGAUAUUAAAAGGAUACAUUCAGCCAAAAAUGAAAAUUCAGCUCAUCAACCUCAUGGUGAUGGACAACUAAAGCAGAUUGGGACAUUUUAAAUGUAAAAAACAACAUAGAAUGGCCUCAUACAGCGGGCGUGCAGAACCUAAAUUUCCGGAAGAGCCCAAAUUGGUUUGAACAGAAUUUAUACCCUUGAAGCACAGCAGAGCUCAGGCACCCACUUCAGACCCGCUAGCGCUUUUAGCUUAGCAGUUGUUACGAUUUUGGCUUUAAAAAGGGUGUGUGUAUCACAUCUUUUUAAAUCAAUUUAGAAUUUCCGGGCUUUCAGACACUAGGGUUUCCCCGGAGGCGCUGAAUGGAGCAAUUUUAUGUUUUUUCAUAUCAAACAUGUCCCGAUUGAUAAACGUUUUAGGAGAAUGCUAAAUGCAGCACCGAAUCUUCAACCCGACUUCCCUCGGCAUGGGGGUAAGUAGAUGAUGACUGAUUUUUCUUAAUUUUGGCUGAACAUAUCCUUUUUAAAGAGGAGAUUUCAGUUUUGAUGUAGACAACUAAGCUAACAGUUUUACAUCCUUCUGUAUGAGAAUGUGAGUCAUGAUAAUAAUAUGCUUGUUGACGCCUUACCACAGAUACUUUGCCUGCUCCAAUGCCUGAUUUCUUUCCCCCCAUAUUAGUUCAAGUGCCAUGGGUUUGAUUUAAUGAGCCCACUCCUGCCUGCCUGCCCUCUCCUGAAUGUGCCCUUCAUCCUCAUCUCUACCAUGUUUUCACGCUUUACCCACAUAGAGUGAAAAACAGUGUUUAGGACCAGUUGUGAGUGUUUGUGUGUGUGUGGCAUUGCUGAAUCUUUGUUCAAAUGUGUUUCACUUCCACGUGUUUUUUGUUUUGUUUUGUUUUGUUUGUUAAUCUGUCGUGUUCAUGCGACUCAACUGGGAAUCCUUUGGUGUAGUUUUGCGAUGUGAAAAAUUACCUGUUGUGGACUGAACAUGAACGUGCCCACUGUGUGUGUCGCAGUAUGCAGUUGAGUCAGAGAGUGUUUUGUGUUGCUAGAAAUGGCCAUUACCUUUUGUGUUCUCAGUUUCCUCAUUGAACAAAGAGAUGAAGAACAAACCCAGUAACUGACAAAACUACCGUAUGUGAAUUUAGAUAUAUUAACUGUGUGUCUGUGCUUGAGAUACUCUGCCAACUGAAUUUAGUUUAAAGGAUUUCAGUUUGUUUUAAAUCUGUUGUUUCUUAGGUUUUACCAUCCUCGUACCUCUGUGUAGGAUCAAGCCCAUUGCCACCAUUAUCUGUGUGUUUGUUUGUUUUUCUUUUUUUUUCUUUUUUUGUCAUGUAAGGUCUUGUAAAUAAAGAUUGGCUGAUGUUUUGAGACUGA